UCUACACGGAGAGCUCGACUCGUUCGGCGGCUGUUCGCUAGGUCAGCUGGUAGUGAUCUCAUCAUCGAUCCUUGUAGACAGCUGUCAAAACGAGUGACAACGUAAUAUAAUUAUUACCUGACGAUAUCAUCAUUCACAUUUAUUUAUCUGUCUUAGCUGGUUUUUAAUUCGAUCAGUCUUAUAUAAACAGGGAUUAGCUUUAGUGUGAUUUCUCAAGGUGAUAUAUAUGCAAUAUACAUAGACAUAUAUACAUAUAUAGAUCGUAAAGACUGUUUGAUCGAUUCGAUCGUUUUUAAUACAAAUCAAGGUUCAUUGAAGACUCAAAAAAAAACCAAAGAAAAGACGAGGAAGUUUACGAUAACUCGUGAUGAGUUAUCGCAAAGUCUGAAGGUUCAAUAAGUUAAACGCGAUCAAGUGAAAUCAGAGUUUAAGAAUGACAGUACUAAGGAUGACCUCGCCGGUGACGCCUCCAUCGACCAGUCCAGGAUCGGCCGACGAGGCACAAGCACCGCAACCUAGUGCCAGACCAGCUCAUCGAUUGAGUUUUUCCGUGGCCGCAUUAUUAGCGGACACUAUAAAAUCACCGGAAUCAUCCAGGAGGCAAGACCCUUUAAAGAUUAAUUUGGAAUCAUCACCGAUCUCAUCUUAUUCAUCGGUAGAUCAAGAUCUCCUGACGACGGUAACUUCAAAUAACACAUCUUCGAAAUAUCCUAGUGAUCUACGAACGAACAGAUACAAUCUAACAGCGUCACCUAAUUCAGAUGCUAAAACACCACCUUAUACAUGUAAUUCGCCACGAAUUACAUCAGAAAUAAGAACACCACCUUCGAGAUACACAGAAAUAGAAUUAGGCUUAGAAUCACCUACGGAAAGAUGCACGUCUUAUGGGACAAUUGAUUAUAGGAUCAGAACCAACAGCGAUUCUGCUACUUCUUCGGAUACCGUGUUACUCAAAUGUUCAGUACCAUCUCCUAAAACAACGAACAAUUCUCAAAGAGAUUAUGGUUCUCAGUCACCAAGAAGUAGUUCUCAAGAGGAAGGAAGAUCCAGGUGUUCCGAGAUCGAAGAUAUCGAUGAUGACGAUGAAAAUAGUCUCGUAGAUGUUGAAGAUCUUCAACAACAUCCAUCCAGUCCUACACCAGUUAGACCUACUCCUGCUUACGUAGCUGGUUUCUCAACGUUAGGAAGCAUUCCUGGUAUUCCACCUGGUCUUCAUCCUACCGUUUGGGGCUCUGGUCAUCAUGCUGUUGCUGCUGCUGCUGCUGCCGCUGCUGCUACGGCAUCAUUUUUCCCUUCUCAUUUCGGUCAUCAUGCUCCUUUAAACGAAAAUGGAGAACCCGCAAAGAUCAAAUGCAACCUCAGGAAACACAAGCCCAACCGGAAACCGAGGACACCGUUCACGACGCAACAGUUGCUAGCCCUGGAGAAAAAGUUUCGUGAGAGGCAGUAUCUCAGUGUUGCCGAACGAGCCGAGUUCUCGUCUUCGUUGCAUCUAACAGAAACUCAGGUGAAAAUCUGGUUUCAAAAUAGACGAGCAAAAGCGAAACGUUUGCAAGAAGCGGAACUCGAGAAGUUGCGAAUGACUGCUGUGAGACAACAUCACACGGCUCUUUAUGGUUCGCAUCCGGGACUUCUACCUGCCGGACUCUAUCCCAUGGGAAUGCUAUCUCAUCCUGGGCUGACGCCUCAUCAUCCGAUAUCUCAACAUCCUUCGAGAGAAUGAAACUAACGUCCUAGAAUCUAUGAUUCCAAACUUGUCCUUCUUAUCUAACAAGAGGAAUGACAUUAAACGGGUAUUCUGUGUACCCUUUGGAUUUUCCUUCGAAAGAACA